GAGACGAAAGAGGCGAAAGAGAGUGCUGUCAACGGGGAGAAGGAGAAGGAGAAGGAACAGAAGAAAGGAAACGGACCAUCAAGGAUCAAAAAGCUGUUCACAGCGAGAACGAGGCCAACCCAGCCAGAACCAGCGAAAGUCGAGAAAAACGAAGAGAAACACGAAGCGAAAACGCCAGCAGAAGAAAAGAAAAAAGAGGCCGAAAAGCUGGACACCAAGCCAAAAGCAAACAAGAAAGUUGAACCAGCGAAGAAGCCUCAAAUUAAAAAUGAGCCACAAGACGACGUGAAGCCAACUGUUGUUGAUUUGCAGAAGGAAGUUGAAGAAAAACCGGCAAAACCCGUAGUUUCAAAGGAGGAAAAAACCCAGGUGAGUGGAGUAAUUUGUCAAUAA